CAGGCAGCUCAAGGAAUAUGUUGCAUCAGACAGUUUUUCAUCUCUUCGGAUUGUCAUUUUUGGUCCAGGUGUCACUGCAGGGACCACACCAGCGGUACUUGUUGAAGGAGCUACUGAAGGAUUACAACCGUAUGGAGAGGCCAGUGGCUAAUGACUCUCUCCCCAUCACCGUCAAAUUUUCCAUGAUCCUCGUCCAGAUUAUGGAUGUGGAUGAGAAGAACCAGAUUCUCACAACCAAUAUGUGGCUUCAGAUGCAUUGGUAUGACCAUUAUCUCCAGUGGAACCAGUCUGAAUACCCUGGGGUAAAGAACCUGAGAUUUACCACUGACCAGGUGUGGACUCCCGAUAUCCUUCUCUACAACAGUGCCGAUGACAAGUUUGACUCUACCUUCAAGACUAAUGUUCUAGUUAAUUCCAGCGGCUUCUGUCAGUACCUGCCACCUGGAAUCUUCGUGAGCACAUGCAAUGUAGAUGUUCGCUGGUUCCCCUUUGACAUACAAAGGUGUGAGCUUAAAUUUGGCUCCUGGACAUUUGAUGGCUGGCUGCUUGAUCUGCAGAUGAAUGAGGCUGAUAUUUCUGGGUAUAUGCCAAAUGGAGAGUGGGACCUGUUAGGUGUUCCAGGCAACCGAAACGUUGUAUUCUAUGACUGCUGUAAGGAACCAUACCCAGAUGUGACGUUCAUAGUGACCAUCCGGCGGCGCACGUUGUACUACGCCCUCAACCUGCUGAUCCCCUGUGUACUUCUAUCCUCAAUGACUCUUCUCAUAUUCCUGCUUCCAGCCAACUCAGGGGAGAAGAUCUCCCUGGGUAUCACAGUGCUUUUGUCUCUUACUGUUUUUAUGUUGCUGGUAGCAGAAAUCAUGCCUGCCACAUCAGACUCUAUACCACUUAUAGGCCAAUACUUUGCAAGUACGAUGAUCAUCGUGGGUAUGUCUGUGGUGGCUACGGUAAUGGUGCUGCAGUAUCAUCAUCAUGACCCCAAUGGAGGAGACAUGCCGAAAUGGGUGCAGGUAAUCCUAUUUCAGUGGGUAGCUUGGUUUUUGCGUAUGAAGCGUCCUGGAGAUGGUAUGGGCUCCAACCGACACUCCUGCACACCCACGCUACGCCGCUGCUCCUCUGGCUCCCAGAGCAGGAGCAUUCCCAACCCACCGGAGCAAUCAUUACACUCCAUGCACAGCCAGAAUCUUCCACAGGCUCACAAUUCCCUACCACAUUUGCACAAUCAGUCCAGUGCCAACAAUAAUGGCAACCUGCUCUACAUCAGCUUCCAGAACCUAGAAGAGCCACCCCUCAUCCCCGACCCAUCUCAGAGGAUCAACACUAUGAGUCGGAAGGGAGGUCCUGGCAGUAUGGCCAAUAGUCCACCACCCCACAUGCCACCACAGUUUAGCAGCCCCCCACCUCCUGCCCCUAACAUGGACACCAUGGGUUUUUCUAGUACAGUCUCCAGCAACUUUGCUUUGGGAGCAGGGGGUGGUUGCCUUACGGUAUCCCAAGCUGGGAUGGGUGACCCCCGGCUGCAGGCCAUUCUUGAAGAGGUGCGCUUUGUGGCAGACCGCUUUCGGGAGCAGGGUGAAAGUGAGGUGAUCGCUGACCAGUGGAAAUUUGCAGCAGCUGUCAUAGACCGCCUUUGCCUGGUUGCCUUCAGCAUCUUCAACAUCAUCUGCACUAUUUCCAUCCUCAUGUCUGCCCCUAACUUUGUGGAAGCAGUGUCCAAGGACUUCCUCUAAAGAACCACUUGAAGGUGCUUGUACUGUGUUAGCUAGGAAAAGUGCAGCUCAGAAUCUGCAUCUUACACUGUAAGAGAAAAGAGUGUUCAUUGAGUUAAAAAGUAAAUAAAAAGUGUCAGAAAAUGAUGUCUGGUAGAGGAGGUUAAUCCUGCAUUUGAAACAGACAGCAGAGGGGGUUAAACCAAUUUAUUUGCCAUAAAUUUAAUCAGAA